GCACUAAAAAUGCCACUCCGUCGCAAAGAAAUUUUUUGCAAAGAGUAAAUUAAUAUAAGAUUUUUUGUUUACCUAUGUACAGUAGUUAACUUAGUUUUCUUCUGGUUGGUGUGCUUAUUUGUCUUCCUAUUUUCAACUAUAUUUAUUAGGUAUCUACCAAGUUUACGUGGAAAACUAUCUUUUCAUUUGGCCAAGUGAGCUAGGCGAAAACUUAUAUACUGUGCUCACACAUUAGGUACAAUGUCGUCUAUAGAUUUUGAUCCAGCAAUAAAACUGUGUCUGAAAUAUUUACAUUCGAGUGCUCCUGACUCUACUGAACAGUUACGGUUGACUCUUGAUGAUUACAUUCGACAGACCUACGGCAGUUCCAAAACUCUGGGUAAUGUACUACCCAAAAAAUAUUUGAAUGAAGAGAAAUCGGAAUCUGUGAGAUCGAAACAUAAGAACGAAAAAGCUUCCAGUAGCAAAACUAUACCGAUACCGCAGCAAAGUCCUCAGCAAAUACAGAUUCCUGAGAGAGAAAAUGAUGAUAGCUCUGUUAUGGAUGGUGAAUUGGCUUUCGAUCUACUGGAGGAAGACUUGACAUGUGUUGUCUGCCGGCAAAUUGCUGUGCAGGCUGGGAACAGGCUUGUGGAAUGUGAUGUUUGUCAUUCUCUUUAUCAUCAGGAUUGCCACAAGCCUGUUAUCAGCGACAGCGACAUGGGCACAGGGUGGCAGUGUCAGUCGUGCAUAACAAUGCAUGGAUUUUCUGGUGGAUUCUCUAGCAAAUCUUCUUCAGCUUCAAAAUCACCACCACUGGUCUCUGGUUCCACUACUCCUGUGAAGAUAUCAUCAAGUAGUUCUGCAUCAUCGUCUCCAUCUAAAGUUGUAACACCCAGCAUUAAUAUAAUAUCUGCUGACAAGCGUCUUCAAAUUAUGAAGAAAAAGGCUGCCAAACAACAUGAAAAGAAAAAGGGCUCCAAAUAACAUAUGAUUUGAUUUGUUGUUGAAGUUAGCCAAAAUUUGUUUAGUCUUCAACAAUUACAGAAAUAGAACAAAGUUGAAUAAUUUGUAAUAAUAUUUAUAGAUAACACUAUAACUAUUAUAAGGUAAAUAACUUAAUCAAAACUCUUAGAAAUUGACUUGAUUGUGUCGUUGUUAAAAUUACAAUUUCAAUUAGUUCAACUGGCAUAGAAAAGUUAUAGUGCCUAUACGAGACAUUAGGCAAGACUAGUAUUUUUUUUUCUUAUACAUUUAUAAAUAAAAUGAUAAAGAUUUAAGAAAGCACAAUUUUAUAAGAGGGCUGCAAGAGGGUUAGUAUUUAAAUUUAAGCUUGUAUGUUUUCUAGAUUCCGUCUUAAUAAUAAAUGUGAAAAAAAACAUGA